CGAUGUAGUAACGGUAGUACAAUGCAGUCGGCCAUUCUUCAUGUUGUAUUUGCCAAAGCGAGAAAGACAAAGGAUAUAAGGCAAUUUUACCUUUACAGUUAUUACAGUUGUUGUUAUUAUUGAAUUGGAAAAAGCAGCCUGUACAACAAGAUCUUCACAAAUUGUUUUAGAACUUCUGGUUAAUAAUAAUAUAAAUGUUGACACAAGUGUCUCAAACAGCAGCCAUCAAAAGAACAAUUGCCAAUCAAUGUGUAUUGAACUGAGCACAGAAAAGCCAUCAUCUGUAGAGUCAGUGAAGCAAUACAGUGUGGUAUUAUGUUAAGUAAGGUUAUUAUGUGGAGUCAACCAUCAGAAAGAAAUGGCAAAGUACGUAAAACUAUGGAUGUUGUUGGCCCUCGGCAAAAACGCCGAAGGUUAAAUUUGGCCUUCAAUCAAUUUGUAAAUGAUGCAAAAAUGGAAGAAGUAAAUAUUGUAGGCGGACAGUCUGGUUACACACAAGUGGAAACUGCUGGUAUUCAAGUGCCGUUAACCUCCCCACAAGCUAACAACCUCAACAUAGAUUCACUGCUGCCUUCAACAUUGUCAACAAAUCCGCUCUUCAAUUUGGGAUCUUCUUUGAAUAUUACAAAUUUUUCAAAUGAGGAACCAAAUUCGGAUGAUGAGAUGGAAUAUGUUAUUUCAAGUGAUUCUGAUGAUUGUGGUAGUGAUUUGGAGGAGGAAUUUGAUGAUGAUUCUUUCGACUGGCCACUCAGCGAUGAAAAUGCCGAAAACGGAGAUGAUGACGAUGUAUCACCCGAUACCGAGGAAUUUCAAAAUGAUGUCAAGCAAAGCAUAGUGCAAUGGGUUGUGGAAUGCAACAUACCUCGAUGCCACGUUAACAAUUUAUUGAAAAGACUACAUAAUGAUGCUAAGCUAACGUUUCUACCUAUUGAUUCAAGAACGCUAUUGUCCUCCAGAAGAGGAAAAAUUCAAUUAAUUGACAUGCCACCAGGGAAAUACCAGCACUUCGAUAUUGCAGCUGCCCUAUUGAAUAUCCUUUCUGCGAUGGCGGAACAUGGAAAAGAAUUGCCAGAUGUACUGUACAUUCUCAUAAACAUAGAUGGAAUCCCAUUAUCCAAAAGCAGCUUAAGCGACUUUUGGCCUAUUCUUAUUAAAGUUCUAGGAUGGGAUGAAAUUGUAGUUGGUGGGAUUUAUCACGGUGCAAAGAAACCAGCUGACAGCAAUCAAUAUUUAGCCCGUUUCAGAGACGACAUUCUUCGACUUCGGGCUACGGGAUUAGAAUUCCGUGGGAAAAAAGUCGAAGUGUUCCUUACGGGAAUUUGCUGCGACACCCCUGCCACAACAUUCGUCAUGAACAUCGCCACUCACAACGCAUAUUACGGUUGCAGAAAAUGUACCACAAGAGGUACAUGGGUAGAAAACAUUAUAACUAGUUCUAGUCAGGCAAAAACUGCGGGUAGAGUAACAUACUCAGAACUAGAUGCCCCGCUUCGAACAGACGAGUCAUUUCGUACACGCGCACAACUUAAGCAUCAUAACAAGGAUGGCAAGAAAUCAAUUAUGGAAGAACUACUGCAGGAUGUAAUCGGUGAUGUCGUGUUGGACUACAUGCAUUUAGUUUGCAUAGGAGUUAGAAAAAAGGAAUUGAAGGAGUGGGUUUUUGGAAAGUUUGACCAUCUCAGAUUUUCUGUGCAAACCAGUAGGGAAAUUUCUGCUUUUUUAAUAGGAAUUGGUGUAUAUAUUCCUAGCGAUUUUCCUAGAACUCCACGAUCACUUCUUGAAUUACCUCGUUGGAAAGCCACGGAGAUGCGCUUAGAUCUCCUAUACAUUUGCCCAGUUGCUUACAAACCACAUUUGAAUGAGGAAAGAUACAACCAUAUGAUGCUGCUCCAUGUGGCAAUCAAAAUUUUGGUCAACCGCGAUAUGUGCCUUAUUUAUGCGACCUACGCGGAGUCUCUGUUGAGGCUUUACGUAACUAAUUCAGGGAAACUAUAUGGCGCUAAAUUUGUAACCUUUAACGUCCACAGCUUAAUCCAUUUGGCGAACGAUGUUCGUAAGCAUGGAUGUUUAGAUGAUUUCAGCUCCUUUCCGUUUGAAAAUAAACUCCAAAAGAUGAAAAAUUUGCUGCGGAGAAGUGGUAGGCCCUUACAACAAAUUGUCCGACGAUUGGAAGAAAUUGAUAAUGCUAAUAGAAAAAAAGGAGAAAUUCUUGUAGGGUAUUCAAGCUCCAAUAUUGCUGGACAAUAUAAACUUGAUGACAUCCAUUACACCGGUCCCAUUUUACCCGAAUUUGCCGGUGCAGAACAAUACAAAGUUCUGCGUUUUAAAAAAUCUGUUCUAUCAACGUCUUUGGGUAACAAUUGUGUGUUCCUUGACAAUGAAAAUGACGUGUUUGUAAUUGAUAAUUUCAUUAAACAUCACGAAAGAGUUCAUGUAAUCGGAAGGCGGUUCAUGAAGAAGGAAGAUAUGUAUACCUAUCCCUUACCAUCUUCUUCUUUAAAUGAAUUACUAGUUUCUAACUUGUCUCGUAAUCUUGAAUGUAUUCCAAUUACAUCAAUUAAGUGUAAAGCAUUUAAAAUUCCAGUUGCCAUACCCAAUAAUGGUUCCUAUUUUACUUGCCCCCUUGUAAACCACUGCCUUUUCUAAUAAAAUUUGCGUUUGUCUUA